AUGCUGGCAGACACGACCAAGGACAACUGGCCCAAGAAGUGGACCGAAUUCCUUACAUUCGCACUCCGGAUAUUUACAUCAUUACAACGAGAAGGCCACCAUGCCAAGGCUGAAACCAAGGACCCGAAUGCUAUGGAGGUUGAUGCAGUCGGGAAGAAGGGAAGAAAGAACAAGCCGACGUUCUUCAAAUCGUCGAAACGUUUCGGCAAGUAUUGCACCAAUUGUUUCAAACUGGACCAUGUCAAGAGGCAGAUCGAGAAGGAGAAGGAGACCGCUGCGAAGAAGAAGGACGGGAAGAAAAAGGACGACGCCAGGAACAAAUCCAAGUCAUCCAAGACGCGACAAGUAGCAUCGGAUUCCGCUUCAUCCGAUAGCGAAAUGGACACGGACAGUGGUCCCGACAUCAAGAAGCACAAGAGCUCUUCCUCUAAGACUAAGGGGAAGGGUAAGGAGACAGCUGCGCAUAUCAGCGACCGCAGCAUCCACUCGGAAAGCGAGCCUGAUGCAUCUAAGUCAGAUGAAGAUUUCGCCGCGAUCCUCUCAAGGCUCAGGCGCCUGAGGGCGAAUGGAUCCAGUUCAUCAAGGAAGGUGGGAGAGGGCUCUUCAAGGAAGGAUCGGAAGGGUUUUCUCAAAGGGGAUCUGUAG